AUGUUAAGACAAGCUGCUAAAAGAUCUGUGCCCUUCAAGGGUCAUUUCAAUUCACUUUCAAGACAAUCUUACACCAGAGUUGGACAAAUCGGUUCAUCAAUAGCAACAAGAAAUUCAUUCUCAAUUCUCAAUCACAUCAACGGUAAAAUUAACAAUGCAAAUUCAAUUAGAAGUUUCCAUUCUUCAAAUAAUUUACUGAUUCAAAUGAGAAUGAACCCAAACCAACAAAAGGAUAAUGAGCCAGCACUGGAACAAUUCGGUACAAAUUUAACAAAACUAGCUAAAGAAGGCAAAUUAGACCCUGUAAUCGGUAGAGAUGAAGAAAUUUCAAGGGCUAUUCAAAUCCUAUCAAGAAGAACAAAAAAUAAUCCUGUUUUAAUCGGCAGAGCAGGUGUCGGUAAAACUUCAUUGAUCGAUGGGUUAGCUCAAAGAAUUGUAUCAGGUGAAGUCCCAGACUCUUUAAAGGACAAACAAUUAAUUGCGUUGGAUUUAGGUUCCUUAAUUGCUGGUGCAAAAUAUAGAGGUGAAUUUGAAGAAAGAUUGAAAAAUGUAUUGAAAGAAAUUGAUGAUUCAAAUGGAGAAGUCAUCGUGUUUAUCGACGAAGUUCACAUGUUAUUAGGUUUAGGUAAAACAGAUGGUAGUAUGGACGCUUCCAAUAUCUUGAAGCCGAAAUUAGCAAAAGGUUUGCGUUGUAUUUCUGCCACCACAAUCGAUGAAUUUAAGAUUAUUGAAAAAGAUCCAGCUUUGACAAGAAGAUUCCAACCAAUUAUCUUGAAUGAACCUUCUGUUACAGAUACCAUUUCAAUUCUAAGAGGUUUAAAGGAAAGAUAUGAAGUUCACCACGGUGUAAGAAUUACAGAUGCUGCAUUGGUUUCAGCUGCUGUUUUAUCUAACCGUUACUUGACAGAAAGAUUUUUGCCUGAUAAAGCAAUUGAUCUAGUAGAUGAAGCUUGUGCAGUUCUAAGACUGCAACAUGAGUCUAAACCUGAUGAAAUUCAAAAAUUGGAUCGUGCUAUAAUGAAAAUUCAAAUUGAACUAGAAUCAUUAAAAAAGGAAACUGAUCCUAUAUCUGUAGAAAGAAGAGAUAAAUUAGAUGAAGAAUUAAAUUUAAAAAACGAAGAGUUGAACCGUCUAACUAAAGUCUGGGAUGCUGAAAGGGCUGAAAUUGAAUCUAUUAAGAAUGCAAAAGCUGAUCUGGAACAGGCCAGAAUCGAAUUAGAAAAAUCUCAAAGAGAAGGUGACUAUACAAAAGCUUCUGAAUUGAGAUAUUCAAAAAUCCCUGAGUUGGAGAGAAAAGUCUCCUUAAGUGAAAAUAAAAACAAAGAAGAUAGUGAAAGUCAAGUCUUGCUACAUGAUUCUGUCACUUCUGAUGAUAUCUCGAAAGUCGUUAGUAAGAUGACAGGCAUUCCUUCAGAUACAGUAAUGAAAGGAGAUAAAGACCGUUUGCUGUAUAUGGAAAAGACUUUGCAGGAAAGAGUUGUUGGUCAAGAUGAGGCCAUAUCAGCUGUAUCAGAUGCUGUCAGAUUACAAAGGGCCGGUUUAACAAGUGAAAAAAGACCAAUUGCCAGUUUCAUGUUUCUAGGUCCAACUGGUACUGGUAAGACAGAAUUAACGAAAGCUUUAGCUGAAUUUUUAUUCGAUAACGAAUCCAAUAUUACAAGAUUCGAUAUGUCUGAAUUUCAAGAAAAACACACUGUUUCACGUUUAAUUGGUGCCCCGCCAGGAUAUGUAUUAAGUGAAUCAGGUGGUCAGUUGACAGAAGCUGUAAGGAGAAAGCCUUAUUCUAUAGUUUUGUUUGAUGAAUUUGAAAAAGCUCAUCCAGAUGUCUGCAAGAUUUUAUUACAGGUUUUAGAUGAAGGUAAACUAACAGAUUCAUUGGGUCAUCAUGUUGAUUUCCGUAACACUAUUAUAGUCAUGACUUCCAACAUCGGUCAAGAUAUAUUGUUAUCAGACAAAGAAACGUCUGAUGAUGGUAAAAUCAACAAAAAUACUAGAGACAGAGUGAUCAAUGCUAUGAAGAAAUCUUAUCCACCUGAAUUUAUCAACCGUAUUGAUGAGAUGAUUGUUUUCAACAGAUUAUCCAAGAGUGUCCUAAGGUCAAUUGUCGACAUUAGAAUUAAAGAAAUCCAAGAAAGAUUAAUAGAGAAGAGAAUAACUUUGAAACUAACCGAUGAAGCUAAGAUAUGGCUGACUGAAAACGGGUAUGACGCAAUGUACGGUGCCAGACCAUUGAAUAGAUUGAUUCAUAAACAAAUCCUAAAUCCAAUGGCAACAUAUAUGUUAAAAGGUCAAAUCUUGAAUGGUGAAGAUGUCAAUGUCAUUGUUGAGAAGAACAAAUUGAUAGUCAAGCCAAAUCAUGAAGAGGGAGAAACAAAACCAGAAAAACAAACCUAG